UUAUUUGAAAGUUCAGAAGAAUCAUGUAAUGUGUCCUUGCUGAAUAAAAGUUUACUUUUAAAUGGAAGUGUACAUUAAAAAAAUGUGUCCAUCAGGAUUGAAUGAUAAUUGUAUUCCAAAGGGCCUUUAUUUAUACCAGCAUGUAUUUUUAUUUAUUUAUUUUUUUUUUAUUUAUUUCAUCACUUUCAUUGUUUCGAUUGUGGAAAGAGGACAGGCUGUGAUGGCGGGAAUGGGAUUAGGGAAAUUCUAUGAGCUGGAUUUGAAUUUGUGUUGAUGACAAAUCAUUUUUUAACUUUUAUUUAUAUAUUUUUUUUGUGUGCAGAUAGAGAGCGAGUAUGGGAGGUGGGGUUUAAAGAUUCUUCUCCACCCCCAAAUUAUGAUAAAUAGUUUUUCUCCUCUGACAUACCUUUCCCCUUGAGUGUUUAUAUGGGUGACUGCUCAUGUGUUUCUUUGGUGUUUACCUCGGGCGCAUCUGUACCUGUGUGUGGUGGCUGCAGGUGCGUGUUUGGUUUCUGUUUUGUAUAUUCCUGGCUGUAAAUGUGUCCACGUGUGUGUGUGUGUGUGUGUGUGUGUGUGUGUGUGUGUGUUUGUGUUCAAACCCGGCCAUGCAGCUGGGGUUGUACUUCAGGUUUGACUUUCACCUUGUUUCCCCCGUAGCUGUUUUGAAAGUGUCGAGUGGAACGACCGUGUAAUCUGUAUCCACACAGCCUUGAGGGCAGCAGUGAUCAGCCCAGCUGUUUUCUCAUUCCCUCCAGCCAAGGAAAAAGUUGAAAUGUUUGUUUGAGUGAAUGCGUGAGAGCGGAUUAUUUGUGUGUGUGCGUGUGUGUUUGGAGAGAGAGGGAUUCAUUAGUAUUCUGCUGAGGAGUCCUGCCGGUAGAGCAAAUUGAUUACCACACUUCACCUGUCUGAGCCUCCUGAGAUCUGCAGCGAAGACGCCUGCUUUGUCUGUGCUCCCGUCGCCUCCGUAACGGAGGGCCGCUCUCAUUAGCCAUAAUUAAACAAAGCUUAUAGUUGGGACACUGUUGUCUUACGUAGUUCUAGAGAGUGUGAAGAUUGCUGCUAUAGUCCUGAGGGCUUUCUAGAAGAGGCGGAUUCUAGCAGUUGUUAAGGUGUUUUCUUGGAGGGGAAAUGGAUCGUUUGUGCGUUUGUGUGUGCUUUAAAUUGAAUCAUCCGUCUAGGUGACCUUUGGAGUAAUACUGCAGUAGCAUGGGAAUUCAUAUCUGUGCUAAACACCUGUAAAGUGCUGAAGAAUGAAUCUGAAUGCACCACAUGCCAUUCAAAAUGGUAUUCCAACUUGAAGUAGAAAUGAAAUCCGAAUUUAAACUAGAACCAACGUUUGAAUUUGAAUAGAAUAAAUUAAAACAAAAAUCAUGAAAAAAUAAAAAAUUUAAGAACCCUUUAUUUCCUUCAUUUCAUGCCAUUAGCUGUAACAUUUCUUUGAAUUGCAAUUCUGUAAAUUCCACUUCCUAGCAUUUGCAAUUCAAAUUCCAGUGUAUCUUCUUGUGGGAAUGGCCAAUUCAAUUCAAAGCUUAGAGGUGUAGCAGGAUCUGUGGUGUAGUAGUAAUAGGAGCAGCGAGGAGCAGGGGAAGAUCGAUUUGGAACUGCCUGUGUUGUGAUUAAGGAGACAGCGGGUGAGUAGAUAUGGAGGAGUUGGCAAGUGGAGUCAAAGUGUUUUCUGCGAGUAGCAGGAGUGUGUGUGCUCUACAGCCCCAGUGAUAAGAGUGGAGAGUGAAUGAGAUGCUGUUAUUGUACUCGGGUGGCAUUUCGUUGGCAAGUUCUGCCAACAUUUAUGCCAGCUGGAAUGAUGUGCCAAGAGGAGGAACCCAGGUGCUUUGUCUUUUCAUUGGUUAAGUGCACUUAAUCGAUUAAGAAAAUUAAUAAAAGCUCUGUUUUGAAUGUAAUUUCUAGCUGUAUGCUGAAGUUUAUAAAUAUGAAAAUACUGGAGUUCCUUGUGAGCCGAGCAACAGAAUUUAAUGAGCUGUAGGAAAUGCUGACCUUGUGUGAUUAUAUUGUAUGAACUUAAUGGAACCAAGUAAUUCAAUGUAAAAUUUCGACUUGAAUUUUAUUCCUUUGAUUGUAUUAAUGUACCAUAUUAAUUUAUAUUUUAUUUUGAAACAUUUACAACCCCUUUUUGUAAACUGCUCCGUCAAAGUCUGUUUUUGAUGUCUUUGUGUUUCUUUUACUUCUGCCCCCCCCCCCUCCAUUUUUACAACUGAUUUAAAAAUUCUAAAGAAACAACAAGUUUAAUUUGUAGUGUUUACUAACUGGUCAUGUUUCUUUAAAUAAGAUCACCGUCAAAGGGCAUUUGUGUUUUGUUUCUUAGCCGUUUUUUUUUUAUUUCAUUUAUUUAUAGCAGACUCCGUUUGCAGAGCUCCAUGGGGCUGUUUAUUUGCUCUACGUUCUACUUCAAAAGAGCAAAAGUUCACUGACGUGGACGUUUCAGUCGUGUUUGUUGAGGUAGCACGUCGCUCCCCUUAUUACAUUUUUUUUCAAGCCAUAUUGGAUUUACAAACUCUGUCCGUCGUAUCUGAGUGAACACCAGCUGCCUACAAUAACAUGAUGGAAAGCGAUUCACACAGCUCCCUUUCCUUUACAAUUUAUUUAACCUUGGCUUGCCUUUAACGCCGGGGAAGCGAAUCUGGUGUCAAAUAUUAGCGAUACGCACAGCAAGGACUGGGUUGUCACUUUUUAUUAACACGGAGAGCUUUGCAUGGUCUCCAGCUGUUGCGUGCACUGACACUCAGACAUACUUGACCUUGACUCGCAGCACUGUUCCUGCGGCUCACCCUAUUUUUAAUCAUGCAUUUUAAAUGGUGCAAAUGGAUUAUGGUUCCUUAUAAUGGGGAUCAUUCGUUAACCUUUUUUUCUGAUAGGGUACUUUGUGGGACGUGUUGAAUUCCAAUUAAUAUCCUACCCCAUAUGCUGGGAUCGCCAGAUUGGCUUUGGACAUCAAAUCCCUGACAUUUGCGUCAAGAAGUCCAGCGUUCACAGUUAAGGCCAUUUUUUUGGGUCCAGCUCCUCGAGGGAAAUUGCCUUUCAGCCACUGAUGAUGGUUUGACCUUCCUGCUCAUGGUGUCUGGGAGAGCAAAGAAAGACGCCCUGCCAUGAUAAAGCUUCCUGUCUGCCGCUGUUCCCUUCACUACUGGCUAGUGAAAUCACUUAAAAUGCUGUUGGGUGUGAAUGUUUGACAUUGUCAGAGAUAAUGGAUAAUCACUUGCAGACCGCUGGAGGGAGAGAGACGGAGGGGAAAAGAGAGCGAGGGAGAGAGAAAACAUAUUUUGUAUUUCUUGUGCAAAAGGGUCAUGUGUGGGAAAGGCGAAUGGAGGGUAUGCUUUGAGAUCGCACCUUAGAUCUGUAUUUCCUGUCACAUGUAUACCUGCUUCCUCUCAAAAUAAGGUCUUGUGAAAUACAAGUCUUUAUUUGCUGGAAUCUUUGAUUGAAACUCAGAAGAAAGAAAGUUAUAUAGGUUUAAAGUGACAUGAGGGUGAGUAAAUGAUAACAGAAUUAAAAUUUUUGGCUUUACGAUCCCUUAACGGUUUCCUUUAGUUUUCAUUGGCGAGAUCUAAUCUAGCAUGUUCCGAUUGUAGCCCAGUAUUGAUUUGUCUUGAAUGAUGUGUUUACUUCAUUGUUCUUAUGGUCCAGUUUUUCAGCCUGUCUUGUUUAUCUUCUUUAUCCACCUGUCCCAAGUUUGAACUUUUAUUUGUAGGGUAGCAGCACCUCCUUUGGCGGGAAAUUAAUCUUAAUCUGCCACAUUAAGAUUAGCGCGAGACGUCCGAUGGCCCCGUUCUAGCAGGUUGUCCUCUUUGUUGUUAAAUUUAGGUCAGUGGCCCAAGCUGAUCCUGUAACUGAGACUGAAUUAGUUAUUGAAUUAGUUUUCCUAUUUUCUGUCCUUGCAGUCGUAACCUGUUGCACCCGACCUUUGCAACUUAAUGCAGUUUGCAUCAAAUUUAAAUGCUUGUGACCUUGUGCUGAUUCUUGCAGGGUUUUCCUGUCACGUCAACUUGAGGAUCUCAAGUUGCUACGGCAAAUUCAGGAUAUUCCAGGCGUGAGCAUGCUGGUGAAUUGCUGUAACCGCAUCCCCAGCUCAAGGUCGAGCUUAACUCCUCUGCAAACCGCUGUAACAUGUUUAACCGAUGCUGAAGGGGCAGGACAUGGAGGGUAAGAAGCUCUCUGGCAGCGGAGCACUGCUUAAGGGGAGCUGGAAUCCUGUAUUAAUUAACCUUUGUGGUGGUGGCCCUGACAGUGCGAAGUCAGGAGUGUUUAUGGAAGCAGUUCUGACAGGGUUCAGACCUGUCGAGCGAGCAGCCAGCGGUGCUGUCAUGUUAUCUGAUGCCAUGACUCUGUGGAGGAGAGGUCUGACAGGUGUGCCAUGUGUGCCCCUCUACACCUGCCAACCCUGCUGAGCCACUACUGGCCUGAGCGUGAAGGGCUGCUGACAGCCGUUUUUGAAUGGGUUCCCGUGUGGCCACGUCUGAGAUCAGAAGAGCAAACAGGCAACACUGAGCUUUUGGUUCCUCCCAGAGGAUCUCCCAAAUAUAGAGCUUCUGGUUCAUCAGGACAAGUAAACCUCCUCAUUCCUCUGGUUGUGCUUACAGCAUAUUUCAAAGCAGUUCAGAUUUACUCAUAGAAUGCGCAGCGAUGCCAGGUGGGUUUUCGGGCUUGAAAUUACAAAUACCCACUGGUCCUGUAUGUAAAACUCUUUGACUGAAAAGGACCAAAUUUCAAAGCACGGUUGGAGUUCUCUGCUCUCAUCAUUUAUGGCACAGAUCUUACUAACACAUUUUCAUUACUUGUAAAACAUCACAUCAGGGCAUCCUACUAUUGAACAUGACUCAUGGGGUGGAGUCUGGCCCUGAAACUCACCAGGAUUCUGCUGCUUUAACAUAUCUGGAAGGUUUGCUAAUGCAUCCGGUCACCACUGGACCUGCUGCCACUGUUACACAGAGGUCAGAACCUGUCCAAAACAAUGAAGAGAAUGUCAACAGAGUGACUAGGGUGUUUCAGCUCCCUAACCAUGGCCCCACCUCACAAGACAAGAGUAGCCCACCUAGUGCAGCCUCACAGCACCUUAAAAAAGCCAGGCUGCUUCGCUCAGGAGCAUGGAGUGAAGAUGACAGCCAGAAACGAACAGGCACUGUAGCAGAAGUGAACGGACAGAGAAAGGAGCACUACAAAGGAGGCCUGGAUGGCUCGGAGCAGGGGGAGAGCACCUUGCUGGCUUCUCUGCUGCAGUCCUUCAGCUCUCGGCUGCAGAGUGUCGCCUUGUCACAGCACAUUUCUCAAAGCCACAAACUGCUCGACGGGGACAGUAGUGUAAGUGCUUCUGCUGAUAAGGAAACCUACCAGAGUUACGGCACGGCAUCAGGCCGCCUAAAAAGCCUCAUGAGGAAAAGCAAGCAACAGAACCAUAACACAGUGCCUUACUGUCGGCAGAGCAACCAGAACCGAAGCUCAGAUUCUCCUCAUUCUUCUCAAAGCUCUGCACAGCCCACAAGCUCUGAAUCCAUGUCCUGCACUGAGCGACUCAAGGCUGUUGUCAGCAUGGUACGCACUAGGUCCAGUCCAGCCCCUUCACCCAAGCCCAGUGUCGCCUGCAGUCAGCUGGCCUUGUUGCUGUCCAGUGAGGCUCAUCUACAGCAGUACUCCAGAGAGCAGGCCAUAAAAGCACAAUUAACCAGUAGAUCAGCCAGCGAGAGGCUAGCAGCCAUGGCUACUCAACAAACGCAGGAUAAAAGGCCUCCCAGCAUGGGGCAGCCAACAACUGCCCCAGACAUGCUAAGCUCCUUAAAUGUUCAAAACGGAACACUCCGCCCACCAGCUGUAAACUCCAGCAAAAAUAUCCCUUCCCUUUCCUCACCCUCCAUGAGACCCCCCAAAGAGAGACAUGGUCGACCACCACAAAACUGCAGCAGCCUGUUGCUUCUACUUCUGAACAAUCACAACUCCCAGCAGCAGCUCACCAGGAAUGGACACCUGGAGGAUGACUAUGGCAUCCUCCCGAGUGGGGCCUCCUCCCUGCAUUCUGACAGCGAAUACUCCAGCCAGGAUAACAGCCUGACCAAAGACAGCAGUGAUGCUGAGAGCCUCUCCAGCUGUUCCCCCAUCGACCUUUCCAUGAAAAGCAGAGCACCUAGCCAAAAAUCCAAAGCCUGCUCUUCCUUAACCCCCUCUGUGGAUAAGCUCACAGAGUCUCUCAUAAACAAGUGGAAGCCGGAACCUUCUGUGCCAAAGGUCCAUGAGGCCACAGAUCUGGAUACCAGCCCAGACGUGAAAUCCCAUGAUAAGGUCACUCUAAUGCAGUUACUGCUGGACCGCAAAAAUAACGAGAAGGUAAACAAAAGUUCAGAUAAUCCUAGUUUGCGAUCUGACACAAUAAUCAGCAGCUCGACUGCAGGCCCACGUAAAAGGAUUGGCACAACUGAGGACAGCAGAACGCAGAGUCCUCUGAACCGGCAAACAGCUACCUUCAGCUCGAUCUCCCCUUCAUACUCCUUACCCUCACCCCAUGCCCAGUCCAGUCCCUUAGAUCUGUGUAAGUCUAAAGCUCACGUAAGUGAAAAGACACUGGAGCCUCCUUUCAGUGCCAGCAAGCUACUACAAAAUCUGGCCCAGAGUGGUAAAAACAACUUGUCACCCUCUCCCCUUCACAAGCCGACAAGCAGAAGGCAAAGCCCAGAACUUGAGCUUGACAAGCCUCAGGCACUUUUGGAUCAACUUGUCUUUCCACACAAGCGGAACAGAGCCUCCAUGCUAGAUGGAGGUUCCCCUUCUGCUCUCCCAGCUCCUAAAUGUGAGCAAUCACCCUCUGCCUCAACACAGAUAGAAAACCUUCUUGAGAAACGCACUGUACUGCAGCUUCUCUUGGGAACAACUUCCCAGAAGGAAAGAACCAGUGGGCACAGAGUCUUGGAAGUAACCUCAGGGGGACUGGAGAAACCUCACAGGGGCUCUGUCAACUGUGACAGCUCAAACGGACCUUCUCCACAACUUAAGAUCAAAACUGAGCUAGUAGAGGAUAAUCUCUCAUCAGAUAGCUCUGAUGAUGGGGUGCACAAUCAGAGACGAUCAUCACAACGCUCACCUAUUGCUGAAGCACAGGGUACAAUCAAAUCUGAGCUAUUUCCUACAGAAACAGCUGCUAAAUUUGGACUUCUCAGCCAUCUUUUGAAACAGCAGAAUGCUACCUACCAUUCAAACCCACAUACCAGGCUCCUCGGGAACUCUGUAAAAGAGGAACCAGUGGAUUUUCAUAGCCCCGUUCCCAAGAAGAGAAAACUGUGCAUUGAGCUAGCAGAGCACCUAAGUAAUGAACUCUGUCAGCCAUCUCGAAAUACCACUAGUGACAAUCUGGUGUCUGGAAAACCUGAAUUUAAUGUUAGAGGUCUGGCAAAACCAAAAGAAGAAGAGUUACUAGGGAUUCCUAGGAGCAAAACCCCUCUCUCCAGAGAAAGCCAAGGCUUCAAUGUUCUUAAGCAACUCCUCCUGUCAGAAAACUGUCUGAAAGAGCUAUCCCAACCCAGAGGGACCCCAAGUCCCUUCAUCCCUCAGGCAAACUGUACAGCCAAUGGGAACUUAACCCAGUCUUGUUUCCCUCAGGAGUCAUCGUACUUACCGUGGUACCCCUGUUCUAGCAGUACAAAUUCCAAAACAGCACCUGCACCUGUUGAUACCACUGGGGGGUCGCUAGUUUGGGCUAAGGGAUCUCCUAAAGCCAGUCCUAAACCUGUUAAAAAAGAACCUGAGGGGUCUCCUGGAGAAAUUUUUAGCAGGGAGGGGAGAUCCAGUACAGACUCGCCCCCUUUAACCAGGUCUAAUCCGAUUCUUUACUACAUGCUUCAGCGGGGAAACGGUCAGCUCAGACCUGAGAUCCGGGAUCAGGUGGAGCCGGCCCACUGUGUCAUGGGUGACAAAGUAGAGUCGUGUAUUGACUAUGAGCACAGAAUAAACUCUCCUGUCCACAGACAGACUCCGAGCUAGAGAGAAGAGACUAUGGAAAAUUGGUAGACAUGAACUAUCAAAGAUUGAGAGAAGCUGAAGAACUGUGCGUAUGGUCAUUUGACUAUAAUAUCUGUUUUUUUUAUCUUCAUUUAAAAACAGAACCUGAAUAAAUGUAACCAUGGAACAUGGUAAUUCAGUUUAAAACUUUGGCGUAUUGUCCAUUUGUUUGAUGUGUUAUUUUUUUUUAUUGAAGGUGAUUCUCCAUGAUAUAAUUAUUUUGUAUACACAUAUUGGAAUGGGUUUUUUUUCUUUAGUAUAUGCUAAGCUAACUGCUUUGUCCAGCACAAUGUAAAAUGUCCACCACAAAAAGCUUUUCCUUUUUCCACAACUGAAGAACAUCCUAUUAUGUGUAUUAUUGAUGAAUCCAGAAAUGUUACUGCUAAUUUCACACUAUAUUUAUCUACAGCCAAAUCAGGACCCUUUUUUCGUUUUAUUGAGGGCAAAGAAAAUUGUACUGUCUGAGCACAAUAUUAGAUUUGUGCAUUGAAAAGUCCAGUUAUAAAGUAUAUUUUCAUACAGCAGAAUUUAAAGGAAUGUCAGUGCAAUCUAUCAGGUAUCUUUCUUGUAAAGCUAGCUGAGGUCAAGAGGGUUUUCACGUUAUAACAAGGCAACAACAUUUACUGGAAUGUUCUAUAAUCGUAGCUUAGUUAGAUUUAGAAUGCUUUAUUUUUCAUCAGGAAUGAAACUAUAGCUGUUAUGUGGUGAUAAUGGCAUGACGUAAAAAAAAAAAAAAACCUGAGUGUCAUAUUUUUAGCCAGUGAAAUGUAUCUUUUUACAAUUUCGUAUAAUAUGUUGUUUUGUAUCUUAUCUAAAAAUCCUAUAUGUAGCAUUCACACAUUUACGGUGUUGACAAGAAUUUGAAUAUUGAAAGAGAUGAUACAGUUUGUCCACCAAAGCCAUGAGGGGUAAAUAUGAUAUUUAUGGAUACUGUUUAAAUCAGACACUCUACUGUGAGAAGGGAUUUGAAUUCAGUCUGAUUCUUUUUAUUUUUUAUGUCCACUUUAUUUGCAUCUUUUUUUUUUUUUUUUUUUUUUUUUACAGGACCAUCACUUGAGUCUUAAACAUUAUCCAACAACAACAACAAAAAAAAAACAAUUACAGAUUUUAUUCCACAUUUUCUGUAUGAUUCAUAUGUUUUGACAAUGAUUAGAUACAUUUAUGUAAAUAUUGCUUUCAAGAUAACUAUUUUGUAUUGUUCAAGAGAAAGAAAAAAUAGUUUUUAACGUCUUGCGUUGUACAUAAGAAAACUGUAAUAAUGUAAAUAUGGGUACUGGAGGAUGACACUUUUCUGCAUGUCUAUGUUGUGCUAACGAUAAUCUUUGUUCACAUCUACUGCUCUGUCCGAGGCUCUUUGCUGCCUGUAGCAUGCACACGCAUGGGGAGUCCCUCUGUUAUGGGGAAAUGUCAAGUCUUAAAAUAGAUGUUUUUAUCAUGGAGAGAUGGGUACUUAAACCAUAAUUGUCUGUAAAUGCAGUCCUUGACUGUUUAAACCUGCGGAAAUAUGUGCAUAUUUUUUCCUGAAUGGUUUUGUUUGUUCCCGGUUAAAAAAAAAAAGAAAGAAAGAAAGAAAAAAACUAAAAACAACAUUGCUUUGUUUAAUUUAGAGACAAUCUGCAAUGUUGUGGCUCUGCAUUGUGAAUAACUAAAAAAAACCUUGUUUUCAUAUAAUCCUGUGAUUACUGGAGCCUUUUGGUUUUCUUAUGUUCUGUCUUUGGUGUUUAUUUGCACUGAUAGCGUAAUAAAAAAUUGAAAUGCACA